CUGGACUUCUUUUAUAGCUCACGAGCAGAAGAGGGAUCAACAUCAAAGCAGCAAGCAGCACGGAGGUCCAACAAUGGCGGAGAAGGGAGUGAAGGUGUUUGGCAUGUGGGCGAGCCCGAUGGCCAUCCGGGUGGAGUGGGCGCUCCGGCUGAAGGGCGUCGGGUACGAGUACGUCGACGAGGACCUCGCCAGCAAGAGCGACGCGCUGCUCCGCCACAACCCGGUGACCAAGAAGGUGCCGGUGCUGGUCCACGACGGCAAGCCGAUCGCCGAGUCCACCAUCAUCGUCGAGUACAUCGACGAGGCGUGGAAGGACGGCUACCCCAUCAUGCCGGCCGACCCCUACGACCGGGCUCAGGCGAGGUUCUGGGCCAGGUUCGCCGACGACAAGUGCAACGCCGCCAUCUUCCCGGUCUUCACGGCGACCGGCGAGGCGCAGCGCGAGGUGGUGCGCGAGGCCCAGCGGUGCCUGAAGACGCUGGAGAAGGCCCUGGAGGGGAAGAAGUUCUUCGGGGGCGACGCCGUCGGCUACCUCGACGUCGUGGUUGGGUGGUACGCGUAUUGGCUGCCCAUCAUCGAGGAGGUCUCCGGCGCCGACGUGGUCACCGACGAGGAGCUGCCUCUGAUGAAGGCCUGGUUCGGCCGGUUCCUGGCCGUCGACGUGGUGAAGGAGACCCUGCCCCCGAGGGACAAGCUCCUGGCGCUCAACAAGGCUCGCCGUGAGCAGCUCUCGGCGUAGAGCAGCACUUGUUCCGAGCCUUCCAGCUAGUACUUAAGCUUCUGCCAUGGAUUAUCCAUGAUGGAUAAAUAAGCGGCGAGCAUUUGCACAUUGUGCAACAAAUGUUUGGAGCUUCUUUCAGCCGCCUGCUUCACACUCCCAGUUUCCGUUAUAUAAACUUCACCCAUGAUGUUAUAUAUACGGUGCAAUAUACACUGCCUACUUACUUCCUCGAA